UUAAUAUCGUAACACUGUUAAUAUACUUUUAAACUAGUAAGAGUAACUGCAACUUAAUAAGGACUUUGGAUAAAAUGUUGUUAUUAUUAUUGAAGAGUUUGGUUUGGUGUUUACUUCUGCCCGUCUUGGUAACCAGUGUCAAUGCCGAUAGCGAUUCAUUUUUGGAGUAUUUAAAAACGUAUGGGAAAUCAUACACGACUGCAGAGGAGUUCAAUAAGAGGUUUUCAAUAUGGCAAGAGACGGUCUCACAGGUAGAGAGGCACAACGCCGAUGCUACACUGGGAUUACAUUCCUACACGAUGGCUGUCAACCAGUUUGCUGAUAUGACUUACGAGGAGUAUCGAGCAAACAUGUUUGGCUUCAAGUCGGAUCCUGAUCACGUCCGUAACACCCUUUACCAAAGCAGUCUAAGCGAGCUACCUGCUGCAGUGGAUUGGAAAGCCAAGGGUUAUGUUACUGAAGUUGGAAACCAAGGUCAGUGUGGCAGUUGUUGGGCAUUCACAGCGACAGGUGCUCUAGAGGGUCAACACAAGAAGAAAACUGGCAUACUGGUGGACUUGUCCGAGCAGGACCUGAUGGAUUGCACCAAAAAAGGAGGAAACCAGGGGUGUGAAGGCGGGCUUAUGGACCGAGCGUUUGAGGACGUCAAGUCAAAAGGCGGGAUUGACACAGAGCAGUCCUACCCGUACAACCAGACAAACCCCGGGAUACAGAUGUGUCAAUACACGGUAGCUAACCGCGGGGCGACAUGUACGGGAUAUGUGGACCUGCCGAAGGGUAACGAGACGGCACUGCAGCAGGCGCUGGCUGAGAUCGGCCCCAUAUCAGUAGCCAUCGACGCCAGUCAUGAAGGUUUCUCGUAUUACAAGAAAGGCGUGUAUGAUGACCCUAAGUGUAGCCCUGACAGUAUAAAUCACAGCCUGUUGGUAGUCGGGUAUGGCACUACCAAAGACGGGAUACAGUAUUACAACUGCAAAAACAGUUGGGGUACGCAGUGGGGUGAUCACGGUUACGUGAAAAUAGUCAGAAACAAGAACAAUCAGUGUGGUGUAGCCUCAACAGCCAGCUACCCUACGGUGUAACUCUGUUUCCGUCCUGUAACUUUGGUGUUAUUUUUGCGCAUUGCUAUAGUUGUUAUGUUCAUAGUUAUAUGCAAUAAAUGAAUAAACUUGAAAUUUGA